GGCCAGUUUCAAUUGACAUCCUAGAAGCCUCAUUCUGUCCUUUUGAGAGAUUCUUAAACAAAGCCUUUGCUUGCUGUUUGUAAAUUUCAGCAUCCUUCAGAUCACGACCAUCAUCCAGUCCCUCCGCUAGAGGAAGACCAUCAGUAACACGGGCAAGCAUUGUCAUCUUCACCAUUUUUAUUUCCUUACUUCUGAGCUACAAAGAAUCACCAAAACUUAACCAAAGAGAAUUAACAACUAAAAAUACCUGAUUAUAGCAUUUGGGUCCUCUGUUUUCCCCUUCGGUUUCAACGAUCUCGGAAAGUGGAACGACGACGGUGAACCUCGUCGACGCUUUGGAUGGGGAGAUGGACGAGAGAUAUACGGAAAACGCGGAAUUUUAAGUGUAAUGCGUAUGGGUAUGCCUAAAUACCUGAUUAUAGCAUUUGGGUCUUCCGUUUUCCCCUUCAGUUUCAACGAUCUGGGAAAGUGGAACGGCGAUGAUCGACCUCGUCGACGAUUUAUUUGAUCAGAAAACUCAAAUUCAAAGUUUUGCUUACUCAAGCAACUCAACUCUU